UGUGUUACAUUAACAUACCCGAACUGAAAGGGACACCUCUAAUCCUAGAUUUGCACACGAACCGGAUCACCCUUCCCUUCUACAUCCGGAAUUCAUAAUUACUCUGUCUCUCAAUAUAUAAAUCAUCACAAAAUCUCUUGAAUUGUAGAAUUAAGAUUGAAGGUGAAAAGAAUGUUGAGAUCAGUGAGUACACACCGCUUGUCAUAUUCAUUACCAAACUAUAUUAUUGGAAAAGCAUCGAGCAUCAAAUUUGGAAGAGCUUCUUCUUCAUCCAACUCCGACAACAAACCACAAACAUCUAAUGAAACCGACCAAGAUAAAGAUGCCAAAUCCGGGACCAAUAAACCUUUAGAUGGAGGGUAUGCGAAGAGGUCUGAUGAACAAGGAUUUGGAGCAACGUAUGGGGGAAAUCAGUCACUCUCCAAGGAUGAUGAGGAUAAAAUUGUCCAUGGAAAUGUCCCUGGUAUCUAUUUUUCUACAUAUAUGGAAGUAUGAUAGGAGUAAAAAGAGUUCAUGAGUUGAGAUGAUCAGAUUAAUUGAAGAAGGAAGUGCACAGAGAUGAAGAGGGAAAUAGUUAGUUAGUCCCUGAUCAACACACACAGAGAUGUAUGUUUUGCACAAUUUUAAAUUAUUUUACCCCUCAAAUCAUGGUUGUGAAUGUUUUAGCUAUCUACUUAUCUUUUGUUACA